UUCCAUGGCUAAGAAGGGAAUUAGAAUCCUGGUCCACAGACUCACAGUCCAACCCUCAAAUCACUACACCAAGCACAACUACAUAACAUUUUUUUUGUUUGACUGGGUUGUUGUGAAUUUUUAGGGCUGUAUGGCCAUGUUCCAAAAGCAUUCUCUCCUGACAUUUCACCUGCGUCUAUGGCAGGCAUUCUCAAAGGUUGUGAGAUCUGUUGGAAACUAGGAAAAUGGGGUUUCUAUAUCUGUGGAAUGUCCAGGGUGGGAGAAAGAACUCUUGUCUGUUGGAGCUAGGUGUGAAUGUUUCAAGUGACUACCUUGAUGAGCAUUUAAUGGGCUAGCAGUUUUCAAGGUGUGGCUUCUUACUGCCUGGAGGAAUCCUUCGUUGGGAGGUGAUUCGCUGGCCCUGAUUGUUUCUUGUCUGGAAUUCCCCUGUUUUUGAGUGUUGUUCUUUAUUUACUGUUAUGAUUUUAGAGUUUUUUUAAAAUACUGGUAGCCAGAUUUUGUUCAUUUUCAUGGUUUCUUCCUUUCUGUUUCUUUUAAACCUUUCAAAAAGAUAUAAAAGUAAAGCCAACUUUUUAAGAGUACUGCAAAAGAAAAAAAACUGAUAUUAAAGCUCAUGUUGAUCAUAGAAUCAUGGAAUCAUGGAAUCAUGGGCCAUCCAGUCUAACCCCCUGCCCAGAAGCAGGAAAAUUGCAUUCAAAGCACCCCCGACAGUUGGCCAUCCAGCCUCUGUUUAAAAGCUUCCAAAGAAGGAGCCUCCACCACACUCUGGGGCAGAGAGUUCCACUGCUGAACAGCUCUCACAGUCAGAAAGUUGUGAUAUUCAAAAGCACAACUUUGUAAACUGAAAUAAGAAUAUGACUGCCAGCCAAACCGAGAAGGCUAUUGACAAAAUCUGUAUAACACUGAACAUUUGUUUUAAGUGCAAGAAAAGUAAGUUGUCAUUUGGUAAAGUGAGUCAAACCCAGAUUGAGCUGGUUAGUGGCUUUUUAAAAUAACAACCCUGAACAAAAUUCUCUGCUUUCUUGUUUCCACUCCUAUCUAUAACCCCAAAGCCUUAUUUUUUUCAACAACAACAACAAAAAACACCCCCUUCACUUGCCAAAGCUCAAGGAAACCACCCCACUAAUGCUUUAUGGUCAAAUGCAGCAUGAAGAUAACAAUCAGAACAAGCAUGUUUAUUGGUCAGAUGAAACCAGAUCCUCCCAUUCUGUGGUUGGCAUUUACAUUGUUCACCAGAAAUUUAUGAGUGGUUUCUGCACUAAUGCUUUAAAAAAUCUUGCUACCUGGAAGAUAUUGAACAAUGAAAAAAUAAGAUGACAACGAUGGCUUGUGGCAUCUCUUAGAUGUGGCAGUGCAAAACGAUAUUUCACAGAUUGACUACUAAAGAAUUCCGGCAAUGGAGGAAACAAUGCCAAACUAUUAUGAUCUAUAUUCUCCUGGUACCGAGGCUCCUGAAGAGAUUUGCCUUCCUAUAGAGCUGCCUUACAAGAACAUUGUCCUGCCUGUUCUCUAUUCGACUGUAUUCUUCGUGGGGAUCCUUGGCAAUACCCUUCUCAUAGGAGCUCUUGUCUUCAAACAGCGUAUUCAGAGGCCGAUUGAUAUCUUCAUUGUCAACUUGGCAGCUUCUGAUUUUAUUUUUCUUAUCACACUACCAAUUUGGGUAGACAAGGAAAUCUAUUCUGGACUCUGGAGGUCUGGCUCUUUCGUCUGCAAAGGCAGUUCCUACAUCAUCUCAGUCAACAUGUACUGUAGCAUCUUCCUACUGACUGUCAUGAGUGGCGAUCGGUACUUGGCCAUCAUGUACCCAUCAGUGGCCCGGAGGAUCAGAACAAAGCUCUAUUCCAUCAACCUUUGCAUCUGUGUGUGGAUUCUGUCCUUCCUGCUGGGUUUGCCAACCCUUUUGUCCAGGGAGCUACAGAGAUAUGCUGAUGAAUACUAUUGCAUGGAUAAGGAUCCUACACCCAAGAAACGGAUUGAGUCUCUGCUGCUGCUGGCUUUGGCCUUCUUUGUCCCUCUGUUCAGCAUCUUGACCUUUUAUUGCUCUGUCACCAAGAAACUCUGUGUGCAUUAUCAGAAAUCUGGGAAACAUGAGAAAAAGCUGAAGAAAUCAAUCAAAAUCGUCUUCAUUGUAGUGAUUGCUUUUGUUUUCUCGUGGGCUCCUUUCAAUGUCUUUAAGUUUGUGGCUAUAAUGUCUGGCAUCCAAGACUUGAAGCUUCCUUUCUGCCUUCCCUACAAAGUUGGCAUCUUUGGCAUGGAACUGAGUGGCCCUUUUGCCUUUGCCAAUAGCUGCACAAACCCGCUGAUCUACUAUUACUUUGACGACCACAUCCGUAAGGCCAUGCUGCGAUGUAUUCUUCCAUGUAUAAAAACUAAGAGCUUUGGAUCCAGUUCAGAUACUUACGACACUCAUUCUUAACUGAUCCUUGACUGCAUUGGCCAUAAUGAAGAUGCUUCCAAGGAAAGAAGGAGGUCCAAAAAGAGGCAUCAUGCCUGAAAAAGAAGCAUCAUUUCAAAGGUUUCCUUGCUAACAAAUCAAAAUGAGGGGAUCACAUGGGGCAGAGGCUGGGAGUGGGUUUUAUUUUCAAUUAAAAAAAUUAUUUCUAUUUUUUUAUAUCAGGAGUGACUUGAGAAACCAAGUCACUUCUGGUGUGAGAGAAUUGGCCAUCUGCAAGGACGUUGCCCAGGGAACACCCAGAUGUUUUGAUGUUUGACCAUCCUUGUGGGAGCUUCUCUCAUGUCCCUGCAUGGGGAGCUGGAACUGACAAAGGGAGCUCAUCUGUGCUCUCCCCAGAUUUGAACCUCCGACCUGUCAGUCUUCAGUCCUGUCAGCACAAGGGUUUAACCCAUUGCGCCACCACAAUGAGAAAUUUGCUCAUUUCUAAAAAUGAGAAAAUGAAAACAAAGGUUGAAAGAGAAACCACUGGUGAGUUGAUUGUAAUAGGAUAGUAAUUUGAAUUGAAUGAAUAGAGCAUGUUAUUUCCUUUUAAUUAUGCAGCAAAUUGUGUUGUUUAAUUGGAAUAUAGUCCACAAUUAUAACAGCAAUCAUUCAGUGUUACAAACUAGUUAGUAAGAGACAAAAUGAUAGAAAUGUAAAAAUUAUUGUGAGCUACUGAACUAAACUAUUUAUUCCUAGCUGUUUUAAUUAAAUGAAUAAAUACUUCGGAAGAUGUGUUGUUGAAGGCUUUCAUGGCCAGAAUCAAUGGGUUGCUGUGAGUUUCCCGGGCUGUAUAUCUAUGUUCCAGAAGCAGAAUGUCAGGAGAGAAUGCUUCUGGAACAUGGCCAUACCACCUAGAAAACUCACAGCAACCUACUUUGGAAGAGUUGUUAGCAUAGUAGAGUCUUGCUUAUCCAACCUUCACUCAUCAAAGUUCUGUAUUAUCCAAGGCAGUCUGCCUCCCGCCCGGAUCCACAGCUGUUUCAAUACGUUGUGAUGUUUUGGUGCUAAAUUCGCAAAUACAGUAAUUACUACAUAACCUUACAGUGUAUUGAACUGCCUUUUCUGUCGAUUUGUUGUAAAACAUGAUGUUUUGGUGCUUAAUUUGUAAAAUCAUAAUGUAAUUUGACAUUUAAUAAGUUUUUCCUUAAACCCUCCUUAUUAUCCAACAUUUUCACUUAUCCAGUGUUCUGCCGGCCUAUUUAUAUUGACUAAGCAAGACUCUACUUAUAGAAAUUUAAUUAGGCAACCUUUUAUCCGUAUUAAAUUUCUCAUCUUUUUCUGUUCCUGUUAUAAUGCUGAACAAUUCACAAUUCUUUUAAAAGCUACUUAUUAUUAGUUUUCCAAUUUGAGCUUAAAAUGUUUUUGUCUCAUGCUAUUCCAUGUGAAUAUUAUUUUUGCUUCAAUAAUACCGUUGUUAUAAUGUCUUCACAGGUCAAGAAUUCUUAUGCUUUUUCAGUAAUAAAAACAUGUAUAAACUAAAUUUUGCUUGUAAAUUUCAUUUUGAUUUAUGUAAAAAUUGUACAAAAUGUGAAGGAAUCUCAAUGAAGUUUCUCUGGGGGGAAAAGAUCUUAAUCAUCACUGUUAAAACAAACUCAGCUGAGAUUCAGAAGUGACAGACAAGCUACUCGCUUUAGAGAAGUUUUGGGAAGAUUAGUCAUCACUAGAUUUUUUUUUUGUCUCACACAUUAAUCAAAACGGUGAUGAAGAUAAUGUAAUUUCUAGAGUUAAAACAGCAUACAAGUCACCACUAAUUUUACAUAUUCGAUUUUUGCUGUUCAAACCCAGGGAGGAAAGACAUACUCUGAGCACGUAUACAUUUACUUGCGUAAGAAUAAAAACAAUUUUUUGCAAGGAAGCGUAUUUUAAGAUAAAAAUAAUCAAGUAAGUAUAUUUACACAUGAACAACUGAU